UCCAUAUCCGCCGCUUCUUCGCUUCGCCUCGCCUCGGAGGCUCGGACGCGCCGCCGCCGGUUGCCCGGUCUCCUCGCCGGCCGGCGGAUCCGGUGAAGCUACGGAUUAGUGAGUGGUAGGAGCAGCAGCGGCCAUGGACGGGAGCCGCCAGGAGAUGCCGCCGCCAACGGAGCUGAGCGCUCUCGGCCACAGGGAAGUUGCUGCUGCAGAAAGGCCCUUUAAGAAAACCUGCCACUCAUCAGUGCCUACAUCUUCUACCUUGUGUGAACCCCAUGUUUGGCCAGGUCUCCUGGAAAGCCUCCUUCACCAAAUCAUUGCUUUGCUUAGCUCAUUCCAGGACUUGCUUGCUUUUAGUGCCACCUGCCACUCUUGGCGAGCUGCGCUAUCUUCCUUUCCAUCCGUAUAUACUUUCAACUUCCCACCUCUCUGCCUCAAACUAAAUACACCUAAUAUCCGUCCCCUUCGCGUCCUUUUGAAGGACAAUCUUUUAUCUUACUGCAAAUGGCAGCUUGAUGAUCCAUCCAAGAGAAACAUAUCCCUUCGUUGUUCAGCUCCGCCAGAUGCUCCAAAUCGCAUGCGCUAUUUGGGCUGCUCAUAUGGAUAUCUCAUCUUCUCCUAUCAUGAGAAGAACUGCCUCUUUGUUGAUGCUUACACUAGCACUAAGCUGAAGUCUCCCAAACUCAACUUCAUGGGCGACAGGGAUAUCUACUACGGCAUCCUUACGGCUCCACUUAAUUCACCCAACUCACAUCUGAUACUUUGUUCGAGGUCUUCCAUAUUCUAUUGGCAGGUUGGAACAAACUCUUGGACAAAGCACGGUUAUGGCGGUGAGCACAUUCUUCAGAUUGUGCUCUUCAAAGGUGAGAUUUUUGCGAUGGAUGUUCUUGGCAGGCUUCACACCAUGCAAUUUGCACCUGAGCUCAGCAUACAGGAAGUAGCGGUUCUGCGACGAGAAGAAAUGGUUACAGGCCCACGUUCUGGGCCAUGGCUGGUGGCCUGUGGUGAAAUGCUUCUCAUGGUUGAUUUGUCAACAGACCGCGACCAAUUGCCUCGCACCUUUCAAGUCUUUCGUCUUGAGUUUUCUGCUGAAACAGUUGAGUGUGUGAAGAUGGAAAGGUUGGAAAAUCAGGCUCUCUUUGUCAACCUUGAUGGGAGGGACCCUACAUUCUCUUGCACGAGCCCUGAAAGAUGGGGCGGAAAGAGUAACUGGAUUUAUGUUGCGAAACCAUCUGGAGAUUCUGGUGAACCUUGGACUGCGGUCGAGCUCGGUCAGCCAGUUCCUAGUAGAAUAGACCGCGUCCCAGACUUUCAAGUAGACAACAUGUGGGUGGUACCCAGUUUGAUUUAUGAUGUCAACCAAUGAUGUUCUCAUCAAGUUUUAGCCAGCGUUGCACAAGCCAUAUCCGUACUUGCUAGUGUGAUUUAAUGGUUUCUUGACCUGUGGCAUAUGUAUGGAUUCUUGUAAGAGUACACUGAAGUUGUAUCUGUAGUAUGAGAAAUGCAGGUUCUUGCAUGUACUGUGCAGGGUUGGUCUAUGUUCUGUGACCAUGUGAAUGCUGCCUUAAUAUUAUAUUAUCGUUGGUUAAUGGUUA